AAUAGGUGAAUUAUUAGUAAUCGUUGAAUACUGUCGAUAUGGAAAUUUGCAUAAUUACCUGUUGAGGCACAGGGGAGAUUUUAUCAAUCAAAUCGAUCCUGCUACGAAUAAAUUCGACUCGGGUAUUGGCGGCGAUCUGCUGCACAGACACGUCAGUGUUAGCAGUAACAACAGUCUUAGCGAAAAUUCGGCCACCGAACAGACCUCCACUAUGGAUUCCCAAGGAGUCAACAUGUCGCCGGAUGGUUACCUAAGCAAUAAUUCCAGCCAGCCGGAGUGGAGGUCUAAUUAUCGUGGCGAUUACAAGGAUUAUAACUUGAAACCUAUUUGUACUCAGGAUUUAUUAUCAUGGGCGUUUCAAGUCGCACGUGGGAUGGAGUAUCUCAGUCAAAGAAAGGUAUUGCAUGGUGAUUUAGCUGCAAGAAAUAUAUUACUGGCUGAGGAUAACGUGGUGAAGAUUUGUGAUUUCGGACUGGCUAGGACUAUGUACAAAGACAAUAAUUACAAGAAGAAGAGCGACGGUUUGUUGCCUAUAAAGUGGAUGGCGAUCGAGUCGAUUAGGGAUAGAAUUUUUUCCACCCAAUCGGACAUCUGGUCGUUCGGCGUAGUUCUCUGGGAAUUCUUUACUUUGGCUGAAACACCGUAUCCGGGAAUGGAAGCUGAUAAACAGUAUCAAAAAUUGAUUGAAGGAUACAGAAUGGAAAAACCAGAAUAU